UGGCCGCCCCACUCCAGCUACCCGCCCCGCUUUCAGUCGGGCCCCUGGUCUGGGUCCUGCCGGGCCAUGGCGGCGCUUGGGGCGCUGGCCACGAAGUUGUGGUGCAUCCGGCGUCUGCUGGUCCUGCUGGCCACUCCGCUGGUGCUGCUGCCCAUCCCUUUCAGCCUCCCACCCCAGGAAGGAAAAUGCCUCUUUGUCAUCCUGCUGAUGGCGCUCUACUGGUGUACAGAGGCCCUGCCCUUGUCAGUGACUGCUCUGCUUCCCAUCAUCCUCUUCCCCUUCUUGGGUAUCUUGCCCUCCAGCAAAGUAUGCCCCCAGUAUUUCCUGGAUACCAACUUUCUCUUCCUCAGUGGGCUAAUCAUGGCCUCUGCUAUUGAGGAGUGGAACCUGCAUCGAAGAAUUGCACUAAAGGUGCUGAUGUUUGUUGGCGUCCAGCCAGCCAGGCUCAUCUUAGGAAUGAUGGUGACCACCUCCUUCUUGUCCAUGUGGCUCAGCAACACAGCAUCCACUGCCAUGAUGCUCCCCAUUGCCAAUGCCAUUCUGAAGAGCCUGUAUGGGGACGAGGCUGGAAGAGACCUCAACUGGGAGAAUGAAGAGAAUUUGGCUGCUGUCCGGAGAAAUGGCCUGUGUACCGUCCCCACUGAGAUACAGUUUCUGGCCAGCACAGAGGACAAAGGCCUACCAGAAGAAGUGGAGGCACCCCCAGAGAAGGCCUCUGACACGAGGAAGGAAGAGGAGUACCGAAGAAACAUCUGGAAAGGCUUUCUCAUCUCCAUCCCAUACGCCGCCAGCAUCGGUGGCACAGCUACCCUCACUGGCACCGCCCCCAACCUCAUCCUGCUGGGCCAGCUGAAGAGCUUUUUCCCACAGUGUGAUGUGGUGAACUUUGGGUCCUGGUUUAUGUUCGCCUUUCCCCUCAUGCUGCUCUUUCUGCUCGUCGGCUGGCUAUGGAUCUCCUUCCUGUAUGGUGGCAUCAAUAUAAGGGGCUGGAGGACAAAAAAAUCAGAAAUCCAAGCAGAUGCUGAAGCUCGAGCCAGAGCUGUAAUAAGGGAAGACUACCAAAAUCUGGGCCCAAUCAAGUUUGCAGAACAAGCCGUGUUCUUCUUCUUCUGUUUGUUUGCCAUUCUGCUCUUCUCCAGGGAUCCGAAGUUCAUCCCCGGCUGGGCGAGUCUGUUUUCCCCUGGAUUUCUCUCUGAUGCUGUCACAGGCAUUGCUAUCGUCACGGUGUUAUUCUUCUUCCCAUCUCAGAAGCCAGCUCUCAAAUGGUGGUUUGACUUGAAAGCUCCCAAUACAGAGAUGGAGCCCCUGCUGUCUUGGAAGAAGGCCCAAGAGACAGUGCCUUGGAACAUCAUCCUCCUGCUGGGUGGGGGCUUUGCAAUGGCCAAAGGAUGCGAGGAGUCAGGGCUGUCAGCAUGGAUAGGUGGGCAGCUGCAUCCUCUGGAGAGUGUCCCACCAGCCAUUGCAGUUCUGCUGAUCAGUGCAGUGAUUGCCUUCUUCACUGAAUUUGCCAGCAACACGGCCACCAUCAUCAUCUUCCUCCCUGUCCUGGCUGAACUGGCCAUUCGCCUGCGAGUCCAUCCUCUAUAUCUGAUGAUCCCAGGUACAGUUGGCUGCUCCUAUGCCUUUAUGCUUCCAGUUUCAACACCCCCCAACUCCAUUGCCUUUGCUUCUGGACAUCUGCUGGUCAAAGAUAUGGUACGGACAGGCCUCCUGAUGAAUAUUGCCGGUGUUUUGCUGCUUAACUUGGCCAUGAAUACAUGGGCGCAGAGCAUCUUCCAGCUGGGGGCCUUCCCAGCCUGGGCAGAGGACCACUCCAGCAAUGUCACAGAGAGGCUCCUUGAUGAGUACAACACCACUCUUCGGCCCCUCCUCAAUGUCUGAGCCCAUCCAAAUGGGUUGCUCGAGGGACUCACUUGGGAUGGGGUCUUUUCCAUCCCAGCCAGGCCUUCCAAGAGGGCAUCCCCCAGACCUGGUGCUCAUCUCCAACCAGCCAGCCAAGCUGUUUUGUUUCUGAUCAAAUAAUUGCCAGGUGAAGAGGACCUUCAGGACUCCUGCAGAGCCUCAAGGCUCCUUCAAUAAGAUAUAUUCCUCCUCCACUGCCACCUUCCACACCAGCCCCCAACUCCCACGUUACAUGGCACAGCCGCAUCUUGGACCAGAUAUUUCAGGGAGCAGUUACUUCCUUUACCCUCAAGGCUUCCCAUUAGUAUUCAGUUGGGCCAUGUGUCUGUAGGCUUCAGGAACCAUUGAAGGAUUUGGAAUCCAACCCCAUGGACAAACAAGUCCCCUUUCAGGUUUACAAGGUGUUUUCCUCACAACAAGUAUCUCAAGUGUUAUUAUGCCUAUUUUAUAGAUGAGGAAACUGAGGCUCUGAGAUGGGAAGCUAUUUGCUCAUGGUCAUAGUGUUAGAUGCAGGAUUUGAGCCCAGGUCCCUUGACUCACACCAUAUACUCUGACAAUUAUACCAUGUUGCCUUUCCUAUGAGGUCCAUGACCUCCUAGGAAUUUAGGUUGAGAUAAUUAAAGACCAGGUAGUUGUUCUCCUGCCAUGGCCUUCUGGAGUCUGGGACCACCUCUGUUCCUUGAGAAGACGUCGAAGGAGAAUGGAAGAUCAAGUACAACUGACUCAAAAAUGUUAUCUGACAAAUAAUGUGUGUUCCCUUUAUCGGAUGUUCAACUCUUUAGAUUAUUUUAGCUCCUACAAUGGUCUUCAGAACUAUCAUUUCUUAUGUCACAGAGCCACCACAUUUUCUGAAAACCUGUUUUAAAAAUUUAGAGACAAACUAAAUUCUAAGCACAUGUACACCUGGGCACACAAUACAUUCACAGAUGAAGUGAGCUUUUGCAGAAUGCCCCAUAGUCAAUUUAUAAAAUGUUCCAUAGUCAAUCAAGUAUAGAGCCAUAGAACCAUAGAUUUCAGAGGCUCUCGAGUUGUACUCCCUCCUUUUUAAAGAUUAGGAAAUGGAGGCACUUCAAACUGGCCAGUCCCUGGUGGCAGAAGGGAAUAGUUAAAAUGAACGAUAGUGAAUUAGAGAUUGAGGCCAUGGAGUCUCUUGCACAGAAAUCACCCAGGUGGAAGGGACCUUGAAAACUUCAAAUACAGCCCUCCCUGAACAAGAAUCCUUUCAUCAGCAUCUUUCCCUAUGGGUUAUCUGACUGUUUCUUGGGGACCUCCAACGACAAGGAACCCUUACCUCCCAAGGUACCCUUUUUUCUACUUUGGGAUACUUCUAAUUACUGGAAAGUCUUCCCUUACAUUGAGCCAAAAUUUGUCCCUCUUCAAUUUCUACCAAAUGCCCCUAGUUUCGCUCUCAUGAGCCACAGACCUUCAAACACUUCCUUUCAUGCACCAAAUCUUCCGAUACUUCCAGGUGACAAUCAUGCCCCAUGGUCUUCUUGUCAGAUUAAACAUCCCAUCUCUCUGGCUACACUCCUGUGGCAUGGUUUCUAGUCUCUACUCCUUUUAAAAAAGAGGAUUAACCACCAUCCUAGAAGAUCCAUUAGAAAGGUUUGUUACCAAAGCAUGAAAUAGCCUCCUGAAGAUUUGAUGACUAAUUCCAGAUCCCAAUUGUACAUUUUAGGUGGGGUUGCCCCUGGCAUCUCUAGGAUCCCCUUUAGAAUAAAGGGAUAAACCCGUAACUUAAGGACCAGACCUGGUUCAUUCUGAUUUUCAGAACUUUAAGUCCUAGGUAACAAUUGUGGCUUGGAAGUCCUCACUUCUUCCAAGGAAAUCAUAUUUCAUUUUUUGGUAAAACACUGUGAUACCAGCAGACACACAUUCAGGGAGACAGCAGAGAACCAUGCCUCUAGAGUGUCUGCUUCUCUCGCUGAGAACAUCCAGGAGCAAAAGAUGAAAGAAACACAAUAUGGCUUGGAAUUCUCAGUAUGAGCCAGUAACUUUCUCUUUCCCCAUCAUACAUAUACACAGACUCCCCACUGAAGUACAUAGGGAAAGCAAUGCUAUUUAAAUUUAUUUUCUUCAGUGUAUUUGUGUGCCUUCAUUUCCUUUUAGCUUAUUCUAGUUUUUAGGGAGUUGAUUUCUUCAGUGAAUUUUCCCCCCAGCUGUUAGGUGUUUCUGUCAAUUCUCUUCUUAUUUGAUUCUUAAACUUCUUUUCAAGUUUUUCCAGGGGUUCUUUUUUGAGCCUGACAUACUUUCAUACUUUGCUUUGGGGCUUCAUGUGUUUCCUCUUUGACAAUGUUGCCCUUUUCUGAGUCCAUAUUUUGGUCUUCUCUGCCAUGUUAUUUAAAUUUAUGAGAAGGGGAAAAAAGAUAAUCUACCACAAAUCUUAUCUGGUUGAUUUUUGUACUUUCAGUGAAAGGACUUGUAGGCACCAAUAAUUUCCUCCUAUUCUUCAAGCUCCAUUUAUGAAUCACUCUUUUCAGUUGUACUCAUAGAGUCAGAGAAUGUCAGAGAGGGAGUGACCUAAGGACAUAAAUUGUCAGAGCCAGGGAGGACCUUGGAACAGAGGAUGUCAAAGCUAGAAGGAGCCUUAGAGCAUGGAAUGUCAGAGCUGGUAGGAAUGCCAGAACUGCCUCACCAUUUUUAUAUCAUAGGUCUUAGAAAAUAAUUUGUCAGAGAUGGGAGGCCCCUUAGAACAUAGAACAUCAGCUGGAAUGGACUUUCUUUCACAGAAUGAUGGAAUUUGGAAGGCCCCUUAGAACAGUGAAUAUCAGAACUAGAAAGGACUUCUCUAGCAAUUUCAUCUAUUCCAACCCCCCUCACUCACCCUAAAGAAGAGAAAAUUGAGGCCCACAAUGAAUUAUCCAAGAUACUGCAGUUAGCAAAUAGCAGAGCCUAGAUUCUAACCCUACUCUCCUGCCUUUGAGACUGGGGCUCUAUAUAGCACACCUUACACUUGAAAAAGACCACGCUUUCAAGUAAUGAAAUCAAUGAUGAACCAGGAGGGCCUUUUUAGAAAAAUGGGGUCAGACUAGCUUUAUUCAGGUUGGUGGCUGGAGUAAAUAAUCCCAGGUAUUUAUUUCUAUUUUGCUUUAUUAUAAGUAUGACUGUGGGGGUGCCUCCUCUUCCUCUCCUUGAUUUAUCCCACUUACUUGCUCAUUAGUACCAGAAAAUUCUAUCAUUUGGGACCAGACCUUUCUAGGAGAGGGAAUCCAGGGGCUAAAACUUAGUUAUACUGGGGGAUAAAUGACUGAUAUCACAACAUUUCCAAGAGGAAGGGAGAGAGGAAUGGAGGGCUUUAAACUCUGAGAUUAUACCAGGGAACAAACAUUGUCUACCUUGAAUCACAGUUGCUGUUGAUAAGGCAAUUCCUUCACAACCUUUUCACAUGUCAAGGGAUGGGAGCAUCUACCUGAGAGCCCAUUUCCAGAGCCCAUAUGCAGACAUCUUGAGAUGUCUUGAUUAACAGAGAAUUCUUGAUUAUAAAAUUCAUAUAAUAAAGGAUCUGAAUUGGAA